CGAAACAGUCCGAACGCUUGCUUUGACCUGAGGAGCUUCAGCCGAAGACGAAAGCUGAAGCAGAGCAGACAAUCGUAAAUGGAGGGAAGGAGAGUGGUGGUCUCUGCUCUGCAGUUCGCUUGCACCGAUGACGUCUCUACCAACGUCGCCACCGCCGAAAGGCUUGUUAGAGCUGCUCACAGCAAAGGUGCUAACAUCAUACUGAUUCAGGAACUAUUUGAAGGAUACUACUUCUGUCAAGCGCAGAGGGAGGAUUUCUUUCAGCGUGCUAAGCCUUACAAAAACCACCCGACAAUCAUGAGGAUGCAGAAGCUUGCCAAAGAGCUUGGUGUAGUAAUACCUGUCAGUUUCUUUGAAGAGGCAAACAAUGCUCAUUACAAUUCAGUAGCCAUGAUUGAUGCCAAUGGAACUGAUCUUGGUCUAUACAGGAAGUCACAUAUCCCGGAUGGUCCUGGGUACCAGGAAAAGUUCUACUUCAACCCUGGUGACACUGGCUUUAAGGUUUUUGAAACAAAGUUCGCAAAAAUUGGAGUUGCUAUCUGUUGGGAUCAGUGGUUUCCCGAGGCAGCAAGAGCAAUGGUUCUACAAGGUGCAGAGAUCCUGUUAUACCCUACUGCUAUCGGUUCUGAACCUCAAGAUGAGGGACUUGAUUCUCGUGAUCAUUGGAAGCGAGUAAUGCAGGGCCAUGCUGGAGCCAAUCUGGUACCUCUCGUGGCCUCAAAUCGCAUCGGGAAAGAGAUAAUACAGACCGAGCGCGGGAAUAGUGAAAUUACAUUCUAUGGAAACUCUUUCAUAGCCGGACCCACUGGAGAAAUUGUGGCAACUGCUGACGACAGGAAUCAUGCUGUUCUUGUGGCAGAAUUUGAUCUCGACAAGAUUAAAGCGAAGAGACACGGUUGGGGGGUGUUCCGAGAUCGGAGACCUGAUCUAUACAAGGCCCUUUUGACAUUAGAUGGAAGCAAACCUUGAUUGUGUUAGCUUGGUGUCGUGUAUCAUUUCAUUUCUACCUUCUUGGGUAAUAAUGGUUGAGAAACACAACAUAUCGCUUCAAUGUAUCUGCGAAUGGAAAGACAGCAAUUACUUACUGUGAAGAUUAUUAUUUAUUUACUCUUGUUUAACCUUCAA